CUUAGGUACAAGCCCAGCAGCUGUUGCUCUCUCUGUGCCACCGGCCUGCUGCUUCUUCUCAGCUCCUCUCGCCAUGCUUCCCCGCCACCGCAGCAGCCUCCUUUUUUGCCUCCUCCUCCUGCAGGGCUGGGGGGCUACGAGCCCGGACCAGGAGGAGGAGGAAGCAGAAGAAAGCAAAAGCGAAACUCCGCUCCGAACGCUGCAGCUGGAGACCUUGGUGCCGCCCCCCGAGGGUUGCGCGGAGUACUCGGCGAUGGGCGAUACAAUUCAAAUCCAUUACACGGGUUCUCUUGAAGAUGGCCACAUCAUCGACAGCUCGCUUGCCCGUGAUCCGCUGCAAGUAGAGCUGGGCAAAAGACAAGUCAUCCCUGGCUUGGAACAGAGUCUGCUGGACAUGUGUGUUGGGGAGAAACGGAAAGUUAUUAUCCCCCCUCACUUGGCAUAUGGCAAACGAGGCUCCCCACCUGCUAUCCCAGCUGAUGCAGUCCUGCAGUUUGAGGUGGAACUGGUAGGGCUCUCCAGAGCGAGUUACGGGCAGAAGUUGCUGAAUGAUGUGCUGCCCCUGCUAUGCAUUGGGCUUGUCCCAGCACUUCUGGGGCUUAUCGGCUACUACCUCUAUCAGAAGGCCCGGAUGCCCCCCAUCUCCAAGAAGAAACUGAAGGAGGAGAAGAGGAACAAGGCCAAGAUGAAAUAAAGCUUCCCUUCCC